UUUUUUCCCUUGGAAAAACCAGUAUCACCAUGCAUAUCUCGCGCCCUCAUUUUUCUUUCAUCUUCCUCUCCAUCCUGUAUUUCCAACCGCUCUUCCUUUUUUUGUUUUUGUUUUUGUUUUUUGUUUUUUUCUGUCUUCAUUUCCGGCGCUGUCCUCGCUCCAGUAAUGAUUCCUGGAUGCAUUGGGUCUUGAGUCUUUUGUUAUGUUAAUUUUUUUUAAUCUCGCAGCUGAUACAUCAUCCGCGCCACUUUCUCUACCCUCCCCCAGACACGGCCACUCUGUUUGUCUGUUCUCGCGACAGUCUGUGUUUCAUCAACACCUUCCUUCCCCGAGUUCUGGAGCCUUGAACCCGGCAUCACCUUUCUCCUUUGUGUGUGUAUAUGAUGGGAAAAUAAGAUUGUUCUUGACGUGGACCUCUUGUUCUGUUUUAACCAACCUGCUUUUCUCCAUGGGGGGAUUGACUCAAGAGAACACAAGGUUCAUCUAUUUUCCACCUUAUACUGUUUUGGUCUUGUUCUUGUUCUUGCCAUUAGCAUGUUUGAUAGGGGUAGAUGUUUUUUUCUUCUUCUUCUCUUCUUUUCUGUCCUGUUACGAAGAGCCUGCAUCCAAUCAAGACCUACUCAUGAAGUGUAUAGAAGUAUUUCCAUUUGAAAACCUUGUAGCUGAGCAUGCUGUCGCAAUAUUUAGGACUGAAGCUCGUUUGAGAUUCUUGCAUGCCAUCGCAUGACUGUCUCCUGUUCCACCGGCAGCAAAACCUCGAGAGAGCUGACCGGCUUUAACCUCAGUCGACGCCAUCCCUCGCUUCAGUCUCAUUCCGAAGGAUAUGUUGAACAAGGCAUUAGCUAUCCUGUGAGGGUUGUGUUGUUUUCAUGCUGGGAGGGCG